GACCCUCGUUGCGAACCGAGCCAUCAGCGCAGCCAACGUGCAGCCAAGGGCUUUGUGAAAGAAAUCCCCCUGACCUUUGCACAGUUCGCAGGUCAGUGAAGAAAUGCAAAGAAAUCACAGAAACGGUGUGAUUCGAGAAGUCUGGGCCAGAAAUUUUCAAAAUGAGUUCAUUCUCUUCAGCCACACCUUGCGAUUUGCCGGAGCUGGUGCAGUUGUCGCGAUUGAUACAGAGUUUCCAGGGGUUCUCCAGGAGAACGCCUGGAAGGAAUCCGAUGAAACGCACUAUAGGGCAAUGAAGGAGAGCGUUGAGUUGUUGCCCGUGAUCCAAAUUGCUGUGGCCAUUGGUAGCAGCUAUGGGAAGUGCCUUGGGGCUUGGAAUUUCAACCUACACUAUGACCUGUCAAGGGACUUUCACACGGAUGCGGCCGUGAACUUUCUGCUGGCCGCAGGAGUGGAUUUCCAGCGUCAUGCCACGGAAGGGAUUGAGCCGAGAUCUUUGGGAACCAUGCUGCAACUUGGAUUUGGUUACCCUCUGAGAGCCUUCGGCAACUUAACAUAG